CAUUUCUCAAGCCUGCAUGCCUCAGCUUAGACUAGCUUCCCCAUCAAGGCAAAUCUGACAGGUUUCUGCAAACAGUACAUGUCGCAGAGUUGUGGUCCCCUUGACUCUUCAUUGCUGAAACCUUCCUACUUCCUUCCUGCUGCGGGGGCGGAGGCUCCGGGGAACCCUUUUCGGACGCCGAAGGCCACACCGACAACUCGGUCGUUGGCUUCCACGCUUGGGAAAACGAGUUCCUUCUGUUGGAGACGUAACGCCCUUAGCAACCGGCCUGGCGGCGGCGCGGCCUUAAACUAGGGAGGCGGAGCUGAGACGGGGUCGGAACUGCCUGCUAACUUCAGGACCAGGUACCGGGCUGGAGGGGCCGCCUGGUGCGCUCCAGGGAUCAGUCCUUCCUCGCCCCGACGCCGAUUCCAUCUCCCCAGGGGCGGCUUCAGCAGAGCGGCCAUCCUAGGUGGGAAACUUGGGGCCCAGAUGGUAGUUUGUCUGAUCUUUCAAAGAGGAGCCAUAUCCUAUUGCUGCCUUCUCCCCGCACCCUACCCCCCACCGCAUCCCCAUCUCAUCCCAGGCUGGAUAGGCAGUGAGUCAAGCCCUCUUAACGACAGAGAUCCAGGUUUAAAUUUUUGAAAUUGAAAUAGGUCUACACAUUAGGAACUCAUGUCUUUUCUUGUAAGUAAACCAGAGCGAAUUAGGCGGUGGGUCUCGGAAAAGUUCAUUGUUGAGGGCUUAAGAGAUUUGGAACUAUUUGGAGAGCAGCCUCCGGGUGACACUCGGAGAAAAACCAAUGAGGCGAGCUCAGAGUCGAUAGCAUCCUUCUCCAAACAGGAGAUCAUGAGUAGCUUUCUGCCAGAGGGAGGGUGUUAUGAGCUACUCACCACUAUAGGCAAAGGAUUUGAGGACCUGAUGACAGUGAAUCUAGCAAGGUACAAACCAACGGGCGAGUAUGUGACGGUACGAAGGAUUAACCUAGAAGCUUGUUCCAAUGAGAUGGUGACAUUCUUGCAGGGGGAGCUCCAUGUCUCUAAACUCUUCAACCACCCCAAUAUCCUGCCGUACCGAGCCACCUUUAUUGCAGACAAUGAGCUGUGGGUUGUCACGUCAUUCAUGGCGUAUGGUUCUGCAAAGGACCUCAUCUGUACACACUUCAUGGACGGCAUGAAUGAGCUGGCGAUCGCUUACAUCCUGCAGGGGGUGCUCAAGGCCCUGGACUACAUCCACCACAUGGGAUAUGUGCACAGGAGUGUCAAAGCCAGCCACGUGCUGAUCUCCUCGGACGGGAAGGUCUACCUGUCAGGUUUGCGCAGCAACCUCAGCAUGAUCAGCCACGGGCAGCGGCAGCGUGUGGUGCACGACUUUCCCAAGUACAGUAUCAAGGUCCUGCCUUGGCUCAGCCCGGAGGUCCUCCAGCAGAAUCUUCAGGGUUAUGAUGCCAAGUCUGACAUCUACAGUGUGGGAAUCACAGCCUGUGAACUGGCCAAUGGCCAUGUCCCCUUUAAGGACAUGCCUGCCACCCAGAUGCUGCUGGAGAAACUGAACGGCACGGUGCCCUGCCUGCUGGACACCAGCACCAUCCCCGCUGAGGAGCUGACCAUGAGCACUUCGCGCUCAGUGGCCAACUCCGGCCUGAGUGAAAGCCUGGCCACCAGCACCCCCAGGACCUCCAACGGCGACUCGCCGUCCCACCCCUAUCACCGCACCUUCUCUCCCCACUUCCACCACUUUGUGGAGCAGUGCCUUCAGCGCAACCCGGAUGUAAGACCAAGUGCCAGCACCCUCCUGAACCAUUCUUUCUUCAAGCAGAUCAAGCGACGUGCCUCAGAGGCUUUACCUGAGUUACUUCGCCCUGUCACCCCCAUCACCAAUUUUGAAGGCAGCCAGUCUCAGGAUCAAAGUGGAAUCUUUGGCCUGGUAGCAAACCUGGAAGAGCUGGAAGUGGAUGACUGGGAGUUCUGAGCCUCUGAAGAACGCACAUUCUCUGUCCCAGGACGUGUGAGCCUGCAAGGACCCUUCCUGAGGGCUGGCCACAUUCCUACCCUCCUGGGUGCAGGUUGGGCAGAAAGGACAUUUCUGCCAGGAGAGUUGGCUGCUUACUGACUGGGAAAGAAAUUCCUCGAGAGAAGCUAUCCUUUAUUGCUCCGAGGCUUUUAAGACACAAGGGAAUCCCAACAACCAGGGAUUGGGAGGGGCUGGAAAGCUGACAUUCACAGUCCUGUGAGCUCAGGCACCCUGACCUCUUCGGAAGGAAGAGAUGCUGUUCUGGCCCUGAGGGCUGAAGUCCAAGCCCAGAGUUUGACUCAUUGCCCCAGGGAACUGUGUGACUUCUUCUGCCCACCCUGGCUCUCCUACCAGCCUGAUUCCAUUCUUUUCCUCUGCUCUCGGAUCCUAUAGGUUCACGGAGGGGCAAGCAAUAAGACCCCCUCCCCUCAGACCUCGCCCUAAUAACUGAAGAGAAGGGUAUUUUUUCUUUUUAAGCACUAGGUUAAGGCUGGGGAAGUCCCUCCUUAUCCCCCUUUUGCUUGGGCCCUGACACCUAAAUCCUUCCCUUGAUUCAUCUGUGUUGCUCAUUCCUUUCCCACCAAGAGUCCAUGUGACUGCCUCCUGCCAGCUUCCUCGGUGCUUCCUCCAGGGGCCGUAAUGUCUUGCCUAACCUGAGGGCUUAAGUCCUUAUGCUGUAUUAGUUUCAUUGCCAGAACAAAUUAAAAUUUCCAGAGAAUCCA